GUUCAUUCAUAGGGAAGCUGCAUGAGAGUAGCGCUCUGAUCGUUUCCAAAGAUUUCGUGACUUUUCAUGGAUUCACUGUCUAGGAAAACGCGCUGUUGAUUCAAACUACAUCGGCAGAGUAAAGCGGAUCACCGAUAUGUCGGAAGAGAAAAAAUCUCCGGAUGGGAAUGGCAAGGUUAGUCGGGUCAUCCGGAUCGGAACCCGCAAAAGCCAGUUGGCCCGCAUCCAGACCGACAGCGUGGCGGACAAGCUGAAGGAACUGUACCCUGACAUCCACUUGGAAAUAAUUGGCAUGUCAACGACAGGAGACAAAAUCCUGGACACAGCUUUAUCAAAGAUUGGAGAGAAGAGUUUGUUCACCAAAGAGUUGGAGAAUGCUUUGGAGAGGAAUGAGGUUGAUCUGGUUGUUCACUCGCUGAAAGAUCUUCCCACCUCUCUGCCUCCAGGAUUCACCAUUGGAGCUGUGCUGAAGAGAGAAAAUCCCCAUGAUGCAGUGGUUUUACAUCCAAAAAAUGCAGGGAAAACUCUCGACACUCUACCAGAAAACAGUGUGAUCGGUACCAGUUCACUGCGCCGCGCUGCUCAGUUGAAGAAGAGAUUCCCCCACCUGGAGUUCAAAGAUAUCCGUGGGAAUCUGAACACACGUCUGAAGAAGCUGGAUGAGAAGGCGGACUUUGCUGCCAUCAUCCUGGCUGCUGCCGGCCUCAGGAGAAUGGGCUGGGAGAACCGGAUCAGCCAGAUCCUGGAGCCUGAAGACUGUAUGUAUGCUGUUGGACAGGGGGCUCUGGCAGUGGAGGUCCGGGCCAGAGAUGCAGACAUCCUGGAGAUGGUGUCCGUCCUCCAUGACUCUGACACUGUACUGCGCUGCAUAGCUGAGAGAGCCUUCCUCAAACACCUGGAGGGUGGCUGCAGCGUCCCGGUGGCUGUACACACCGAAGUGAAAGACUCCCAGCUCUACCUGACGGGGGCAGUCUAUAGCCUGGACGGAUCAGACAGUCUGAAGGAAACCAUGCAGACUAGCAUCACUGCUGCUGCUGACAAGAGCUUAGAAGAAGUGGAUGAGCGGGUCCAGCGAGUGGGAGUGACAGCCAGCAAGAUCUCAGGCGAAGCCCAGGACAGAGCUGAGCGUCUGGGUGUCGACCUGGCCAACUUGCUGCUGAGCAAAGGAGCCAAGGAGAUCCUGACGGUGGCCAGGCAGCUCAAUGACGCCAGAUAAUCCUGCUCUGCUGAGGGGCGGGGCUGCGGACGUGACCCGGUCCUCGAGCACAGGACACACCCACUUUUUUUUUUUAUGUUACACAUUUGACUUGAGCCCAAAACGUCAGAUGGUGAGGUGUCUUCCAUGUGAGUUCAGUCAACAGCAGGUAAAUUGAUGAGGAUUUCAAACACUACUUGGACCAGUGUUGUGCUCAGUCUGGUAGAACGCUGCUCACCUGACUGCCAUCAUCAGCUCGCUGAGAAUCGGCAGUCUAUAGCAGUCUUGGUCUUGGUUCCAGCCUGCUCUUACAUACAGUACCUCAUGGAACCAUCUCCUGAGCCGUGUAGAAACUGCCUUACAGGGAUUAUCAGAGGCAAACACAAAAUGGCCUUCAAGCACUACAGUCAACACAUAGAGUACCAUCACCGGCUGAUAGCGCUUCAUUGUUUUUUAAAGUGUGUCAAUGUUAGUAUCAGUGUCUCAGUAAAUGGAAUACCACUUGCGUUGUUUCACCAGUGUCCAGUAUUGUUUUCCACAUGCAGGUAAAUAAAACGAGAAGUUAUACCAGA